CCGCCGCCACGAAGUUGCAGGACGGCUCGCGCUCGAGCUGUCAAUCAUUCUCUCGCUGACAGCCACAUCGUCGAACCGAGCGCGCGACCUGUCAGUCAAUCGAAAGCAGCGAGCGAAGCGAAAAACCUGAGGCGAAAUGCCGCUGCCAUUCACGAUGCUGGAUAUCGACGCGGCAGCUACGCAAUUUGACAGGUGAGGAAAACAUCACUGUACACGUUUGGACGUUUAAGGGAAAAGAAAAACUAUGGAUAAACGCGACAAGAAAGCGAAAGUGGACUCGGAGACAUCCGCCAAGCACACGGAUAAAUUCACGGGAAAGUUAUUCCGGAGGAAAUCGUUCAGAUCCGUCGAAAGUUUGGUGAGUCGGAUUCUGAAAAGUUUCGGGAGCUGGACCGGCGGCAGGGAAGCAACCGGACGGUCGGAGGCUGAAGAUGACGAUGGCGGGUUUGGGGUAAGCGCACCUUGCGGCGGAAACCCCUUACAGAUGAAGAGGGACGACGGCUGCCCGGUGAGGAAAAGUUCCUCGCUUCCCGGGCACUUCUCCGCGCAAGAGCGACUCUUUUCGCUUUACGGAGAUAAAACGCCAGGUGUGUUAGGUCUGAAGAAUCACGGGAACACCUGCUUUAUGAACGCCGUCGUGCAGUGCUUGAGCAACACAGAUCUGCUCGCGGAACAUUUGGGCUUGGAUCGAUAUAAACUGGAUCAGAUGGAAUUGAACGGGUUGGUACGGAAUGAUCAUGAUCGGGAAGUUACGGAACAGCUCGCGGCUCUGGUCAGGGCGCUUUGGACUUUGCAAUACACGCCUCAGCUCUCUGCUGAGUUUAAGGGGAUUGUAUCCAAAUAUGGAACACAGUUCCGAGGAAAUUCCCAGCAUGAUGCUCUAGAAUUCCUGCUCUGGCUUCUAGAUCGCCUUAAUGAGGACUUCAACUCGUCUUCCACCUUCCUGAGCGGGAAUAACAAAAGCAAAUCCAGUGAAAAGAGUCAAGAAGAUGACCUCGACUGUGAUGCUCUAAACCCAGCCACGGCAGAGCCUGGUGUUCGUCACAGCUUCGUACAGGAACAUUUCCAAGCCCAGUACAAGUCGUCUCUCACAUGCCCGCACUGUCUUAAGCAGAGCAACACGUUUGAUCCAUUUCUCUGUAUUUCCCUGCCGAUUCCUCUAAGACAGACAAGGCCACUCUAUGUGACUUUGGUCUUCAGUAAUAAAGGGCAGAGGUAUUUGCGAGUGGGGCUUGCUGUGCCUCUCUUUGGUCCUGUGGCGUGUUUGCGCAAGAUGGUGGCAGACGAGGGGAAAAUCUCUCCUGACCAGGUCAUAUUGACAGAAGUCUACACAACAGGCUUCCAGCGUUCAUUCUUUGAUGAUGACGAUCUGACCAGCAUAGCAGAAAGUGAUGUAAUCUAUGCCUUCCAAGCUCCGCCCCUUUUCGUCAGGGGAGGGUCUACACGAAUCUCAGGGUAUCACCACAGUCUUCCGUCAUCCCCGUUCAACUCCUCCGCGACGGAAAGUCAGAGACUGGCUGCGUCUGGAGCGUUGUCCUCAGAGUUUUUGAACCAGACAGAUGGGAUGGUGAAGAUCUUGCUGCUGGUGUGCAACACAGCCGGAGCAGGACAGCAGGCAGUGAGAUUUGGUCCACCAUUUCUGAUGAGAGAGGACAGGUCUAUGUCCUGGGAGCAGCUACAGCAGGGCAUCCUCAGUAAACUUUAUUAUCUCAUGAUCAAUGGAUCACAAGCACAGAAUUUCAGGAUGCUGUUCAAGAUCCGCGUUGUUGGGGGAUCUGCUUCUUAUUACCUUAAUCCUCAAGAUGGACGGCCACUUUUCCACCUUGCAGUGGACAGAGCUUUGAAGCUUUGUGCCUCAGGUGGAGCUCCACAUGUCAAGCUUGUAGUGGAGUGGGAACACAGAAUCAAAGACUGUCUGUUUGGCAAUAUCCAUGAGGAGGUGGUGAAGGACUCUGAAAGCGUUCGGGCUCAACAGCAACAUCACGUUCAGCAACACAGCUGCACGCUGGACGAGUGUUUCGAGCUGUACACCAAAGAAGAACAAUUGGCCCCUGACGAUGCCUGGAAGUGCCCUCAUUGUAAGCAGCUACAGCAGGGCAUGGUGCAGAUGGGUCUGUGGACGCUACCCGACAUCCUCAUCCUUCACCUCAAGCGCUUCCGACAAGUGGGAGAGCGCCGCAACAAGCUCUCCACUCAAGUCAAUUUCCCCCUCAUGGGUCUCGAUAUGGGUCGGCAUGUGGUCAAGAGGAGUACAAGCACCCGACUGCCAUCUGGCUCCAAACAGGCCUAUCACGGGGGCGAAGCAAGCAGACGAUCAUCUGGCUUUUUGUACGAUCUGUAUGCGGUCUGUAACCAUCACGGAGGCAUGCACGGAGGUCACUACACAGCUUACUGCAGGAAUUCAGUGGACGGGCAGUGGUACUCUUACGAUGACAGCACCGUUGAACCUGUGCCUGAGGGUGAAGUGUGCACCCGCGCAGCUUACAUCCUCUUCUACCAGAGACGUGAAGCCAUCCCAUCCUGGUCAGCUAGCUGCUCCCUGCAAGGCUCCAUCAGCUCUUCUACAUCAGAUCACUGGCUCAUCCGACUGACUGAGGACAACCUGACUUCUAGUCCAACUGGAAAACUGACCAACUCCUCUUCAGUACCUGAGCCCCAAACACCACACGUUCCUGUCAUCCAUGAGACCCCUAAAAAAGUCAAGGAUGGAAAUGAGACUUCUGCAUUUGUAAGAGCCCCUCGUGGCCACAGCAAGAGUUUGCGUUACAGCUCCAAAUCCAAAACCAGCAAAUUUCUUCCACUUCGCUGGUCGUUUGGUUCCAAAGACCGUCGAAAACCAUCGAACGUUCCACCACAAACAGAAACCGACGAGCUGGUGGAGUACCUCGAGUCUGGCCGACGUCCUCGUUGCACCAAGGAACCCAUAGUUAGCAUUGUAGCUAGUCCUUCACAGGCCAAAGCUCAGCUUCGUGAAGACGACACUCUUAGAUCACCCAGUGGCAGCGGUGCUCCCAACGGUGUGGAGCGAAGUAGCUAUCAAAGUCCAGGUUCACCUAGAUUGCCUGAAGGUCAAAGGAGGCCAGCUCCGGACUCCAGCAACGAUGCUAAGAGAGCUAGUGGCUCAUUGGCCAAGAAAAGUUCGAAAACAUCCAAAAAGGAGCAAGAAAGUUCUCAGGUUAGCAAAACGCUUCAGGCUUCCCCUUCUGGGCUUCCCAAUGGGACCAGUUCAGCGACGAAUAAUUCAUCUCAUUACAGAGACUCCACAACGAAAAAACAUCGAAGCCAAUCAGCUUCAGCUAACAGGACUCAAGCCGGCCAAGCACAAGCGGCUGCUGGGAAGAGUGAGGAAAGCAGGGGUAAAGAUGGUGGCACUUCAGGCUCCACGCAUACAGCUGCCCAGUUGCAGCAUGGGAGGUCGAAGGAUGCCCAUGUUAAAACACCCUCCAAUAAGAACCCAACCAAAAGCUCUCAAUCCAAUGGCACUCUGAACGGAAAAGGGAUUGAGGUUAAGAAAACCAGCAACGGGCACAGAAGCACCAGUAAACCCAGAGAAAGCCACGGUUCGUGGAGCACGGCCGAUAUUAAACGCGCCCACAGCUCAUCUAAUAUUCAGAGCAGGCAUGAAAUGACUUUGAAAAGGACGCUGUCUCUCCAAAGAAACGGUCCGUUGGUGCCUAUUCACAGAGAGCUUGCGGCUGAUAAACCGUCCUAUGCAACACUUAAUAGAUUGAGAUAUAGCAGCACAUCACUUGGCAGACAAAGACCCGUACCUGAAUCAUGUUUCUGAUGGUUCACGUAACACUGUUGAAUGUGAUUUGUGAAUACGUGCCAUCUUCAAUAUCACAUUUGCAUCUUUAUAUCCUAGAGGACUUUUUUGUGAACAAAAAUGUUUAAUAUUGUUGACUAUCCUGAUCGAUUUCGAGGUGUAACUUAUGUAAAAUAAAAACCCUGGGUUAAAAUUCUUAUUUGCAUAGGGAGUUAAUAACAUUGGACAAAUACACAACACAACGAGACCACAAUUGAGUGUGCAUAUUUGAUAUGAAUAUUUAAUGAAGUAAACACUGAGUCAUUGUUUGAUUGGUCGUCUGUUGCUUUGAGCAACACUGUAGCGUUGCAAUUUUUCAGCGUUCAAAAGAUAAAGCUGUGCUAACUGUGCUUUGGAGAAUGAUUUUAUUACUCAGAGUUUAAUGGAGUGCUUCCUUUGAGAAUUAGGUUGAAAAAGACCUUUAACCCAGGGUUAAGUGUUGUGUGAAAGUCGAUUAAAUGCCUAAGGCUAUGUUUACACGACAAUGAUGUGGUGAAAAACUGCAUUUUUGAAACUGCGUGCCAGACCGGUAGAUGUCAACUUUAUUUCGUAACAACAUGGAAGAAACACAAUCUUCUACAGAGCAAUAAAUAUAAACAAUCAAGACAGAGAAAUCACUAAGCGGUUUUGUGCUACCCUGGAUUAGAAAGCGCACAAUUUUGUAAACGUUGGCGAAAUGUUAAUUAACUCAGUAUCUGGAGCAGCACUAAGGGUGUGUGCACACCAAAGCUUUUAAACGCAAUCCACUGUGAUUGGACGGAAGUGUGAGAGCUGACAUUGUCGAGCUGAGCUUUUCACCCAAAGUUGAAUAUUUUUCAAUAUUUUUUCCACACUGAAAGCCAGCACUCAGCGGUUUGUCUGCGUUCAGCACAAAAAAAGUCUAACUGCUGGCUUUUUUUAAAAACGCCAAGCUUUCAUUGGAAACAAUUGAAAACAUAUGUCGGCCGUGGGUGUAAAAGCUUUGGUGUGCACGCCCCCUAACUGUGCGUUCACACCAGAUGCGGUAGAGGCAUUUUGAGUUUACUCGCUUCAUUCGUGCGUGAAAGCUGCUCGUGGAAUUCUAGUCAUUCAGGACAUUUUCGCUGAAAUUCGUGCCAUGGGAGGAGCUUAUGCGACUGAUUAAUGUGCCACGGCAUUCAUGCGUAUAGCACCGUAGGAUGCCUAUUUGCGUCUUUGCAUUGACUUAGCAUGUAAAUCACUGAUACUUGCCACCUCUUCCGCGUCUGGUGUGAAUGCAAGGUAACGCAGCCCUGUAGCCCGCCAUUCUAGCAUCGAAAUUUUGGGCGGAAACGAUACCGAAAAAUCUGGAUCCUCUUGGCCAAAAACUGAAACUGAAAACUAUUUUAAAAACUCAAUAUUUUUAAAAAGUUUGGGUAUAAUUGUAUUAAUAGCUGCUGGCUUUAAAAAAAAAAACGCAGAACUUUCAAUGGAAACAAUUAAAAACAUAUGCCUGCCGCAGGCAUAAAAACUUUGGUGUGCACGCCCCCCAAAUGUGCGUUCACACCAAACACACUUAGUUGGGCGCGUGAACAUUUUGAGCUUGAGUUUACUCGCUUCAUUGGACGCUCAUGGAAUUCUAGUUAUUCGAAACAUUGACGCUGAAAUUCGCGCCAUGGGAGGGGCGCGGCAUACACGCUUACCGCACCGUAGGAUGCCUAUUCGCGUCUUUGCAUUGACUUAACAUGUAAAUCACUCGCACUUGAAGCCUCUUUCGCAUCUGGUGUGAACGCAAGGUAACACAGUCCUGUAGGGCGCCAUUCAAGCAUCGUAAUUUUGGGCUGAAACAAUACUGAAAAAUCUGAAUCCUCUUGUCCAAAUACUGAAAACUACAUUUAAAAAAUCUAUAUUUUGAUAAAGUUUGGGUAUAGUUGUUUUAAUAUAAGACUUUUUAGUUUUUAGUAAAUAUUUUACCAUAUGGAGACACAUUAAAACCCAAUAAUGCCCAUUUCGGCUGGUUGUUUCUGUUUUUUUCAUGCAAACCUACAGAUUGAAUUAACACAUGCGCAUAACACCACCGUUAUCACAACUUAAAUUUUUUGUAGUUUACACAGAAAUAACAAGGCGACGGCGUCAUUAGCAAAAAUGGUAUUAUUAAAAAAACGUCACUAUUUUUCAAAAAAAUUUGCAUUUCAGGACCCUAAAAAACAACAUUGUUGUGUAAACGAACAGCCAAAAGUGACAGUUGAAAAAGUUGCACGGCUAAAAAAUACUUUCUUAGUAUUUUUAGCUUGUUUUUAGUACAAAUAUCUACAAAUUCUUAAAUCAAGACAAAUUUUUUGAUGAGCAAAAUGCCCUACACUGUAAGAAAUUAGCUGUAGUGAUGCAGCUGGUUGCCAGUAACUUACUGUAAAAGGUAAAGACUGAAAAUGUUUCAUGUUCAUUUAACUUCAAACAAACUGUUGCCAGUAAAUAACAUAAAUGUAAAAUCUAAUACGGUAAUUUCUACAGAAUUUUUUUUACAGUGUAAGAAGAUAAUAAGUCUAGUUUUUUUGACAAAAAAAAUUCAAAUAUAAGUGAAUUUGUGGUUAAAACAAGCAAAAGAAUAAAUAAAUUUGCCAAUGGGGUAAGCAAUUUUUUUCUUGAAUUUUUCUUACCCCAUUGGCAGAUUUUUUAAAUAUUUUUUGUCUAAAAUCUAGACUUAUUUUCUUAGGUCAUUCUGCUUAUCAAAAAAAUGCAUCUUAAUUUAAGAAUUUUUAGAUAUUUGUACUUAAAAAAAGACAAAAAUACUAAGGUAGAAAGUCAUUUUUUUGCAGUGUGUGAAAUAGGCACCUAUAAAACCCUGUUUGAAAUCUUCAGUUAUAUCUGCACUUGUGUAAAGGGUGCAGGCCUGAUGCACAGUAAUAAUAUUAUAGGAUCUACUCAAUAGAAUUGUCAUUUAUAUUUAUGCAUUUAGUGUAUAAGUGCCUUUUUCUAACCGGUGAAUGAUGAUGUAACAGUUUCUGUUUUUUUUUCACAUGAAUAUACAUGCGCACAUUUCACCACAGACCCAAUAAAUUCAUUUGGCAUAGAUACAGAUUGACACACGCAACACGGGGACUCAAUUAUACAAGUCAUUUACAAUAUCCAAAAUGUCGGGUUGAAAAAACACUUGACAUUCCACACCAAUCUUCACAUUAUCCUCUUUUUAAUGAAUCCGAUUGUUUUUAAGGCAGGACUAUGCAAAUACAAUUAGACAGUGCAUGUAUGUAUCAUUGUUAUAAGUUGGUCACCGAGGAGUCUUAAUGCACACAAUGUUUAUGCAUUUUGCUCAAACAUGAUUGAGUGAUGCUGAAAAUAGACAUUUUUCAUUUACUCCACGCCUGUACUUCCGAACGUUUGAGGAAUGUUAAUGAUGUUUUUAUUUUGAUACAGUGACAGUGGGUGGUGACUAAGGAUUUCAGUUGUUAAAAUUCAGCCUAACGUUUCAUGCAAGAGGUUCGGAGCAAUAGGGUGAGCGAGUGAUGCCAGAAAGUGUAGAUUUACGGCAAAUUGAAGAGAAAAUGGAAAUCCGUUGAGGCAUAAAAAAAGAUUUUUUUUAGCAAUAACAAGCAAAUCACAUAAAAUAUCACUUUUCUGGGAAUGAAUCCAAAAUUUAUCCAGAUGAUGUUGUGUAUCAGUUUACCACACGUGUUGCUGUUGUUUAAACAUUUGCUUUUGUUUCUAAGCUCUUGAUUUGCUUUCGAUUGGUUUUAAAUGAGAUAUCAGACUCUUGCACUUUUAAAUUGAAUAUCAGACUCUCACACAGACUUGCUGUCUGGUUAAAUACUUAUGCACAUGCAUUUAAACAAAUGAUUUAUGAGGCGGACAUGAAUCAUACUUCAAAUUGUGCAGUUAAUUUAACCUGGUUGAUGAUAAAGCAGUGAAAUAACUGUGAGUUACAGGCCUGGGGUUGGGUUCUUAAUGCCAGUAAGCAAUCAUUUAUCAACUCAAUGCAUUGCCAUAGAAACUGCAUAGCAACGGUCCUUAGCAACAUGGUGAUGUGAGUAACAUCAGUAGCAUGCUGAGGACUAACAAUGCAAGUUUUUUGUUAAUCGAUAUUUGUGAUUAACAAUAUAACUCUAACUGUGCAAUUUUUUUUUACGCACAACCCUGUUUAAAAACACCGUGCCACCUUUAGAAAUAUUGCGUUUAUUCAUGCCAAUGUCUGUUUAUUUAUUUGUAUGUCUGAAAGUUGUUUGGCUAUAAUUGGAGUCACUGCCGCGUGACACAGGAUUUGGCUUGUGUAAUCUUCCUCAAGUCUGUUACAGCAUUUACAUGUGGAAAAGUUCACGACGUGGUGGGCCGGAUGUGCUUAACCUACGCCUGCAGUCUCUAAGUGAUGAGCAAUAUCACAAUAUGAUAAUUUGACCACUUUUGACCUGAAACUAAAGCGUCCGUGCUUAUGCGAGCCUGACACUUAUCCGAAGAGCUCACAUGCUUAUGUAAUACCUCAAAACGCAUGAAAAUGUUGGAUAACAGUGAGUUUAUGGCCGACUGAGGACGACUCAAUAAAUAUUUUGCUCUUAAAAGAUUUUUGUAUGCAAGGUGCAUUUGAAGCUUUUAAUUAAUCGGACGUGUUAUGCAUUAUUAAUCAUGCUGAGAUGCUCCAGUAGCUAAAUGUUGGGUGCAUACAAUAACAUGCACCUAAAACUGGUUGUGAUUUAUAUAACAGAUUGUAUGUGACGUUAUUUUUGGUACAGGAAAUUAAAACACUGUCGCAAAUAUUUCCGACACUUUUUUCAGCGUUUGUGUGGGCUGUUUGUUUCGCUCUAAAAAACAUGGAAAAACACUUCAUCAAUCAUUUCCUUGAUUCUUGGAGUGGUUCCUUAAUUAAUAAUGUUAUGAUAUAAAGUACUC